GCUAAAUAAUGAUAUAUAAAGAAAGACAAUCAAUGUUAAGAUGGUUGUUGUAAAAAAAAAAAUCAAAGUGGCCCUUAAUUAAUGAAAAAUAGCCAAAAAAAACAAAAGAGGUCAAGGGUCAGUGUAUACGCUGUACCAGCCGUUUCGAGUGUGAAAUUUACGCUGCAAUAUCGCGCGACGUUGCAAGUAGACUGGUGCUUUGAUUGUCAAUAUUAUCACUAUGUCAAGACACGAGGAUCCAGUCUGCAUAUCUCCAGCACGUGUGUAAACAUAAACACGGUCACACGCACACACACAGCUGUAAAUGUAUUUUCUUCAUAAACAAUGGAAAACGUUCCUUCGAAAUCCAAAGAUCGUGGUAAAAAACAUAAAGCCAAAGCUUCCAAAGCUGACAAAUCAUCAAGUAAGAAGUCUAAAAAACACGAUAAACCCGUUAGGAGCAAAGAAACCACCAACACUAACAGACAACGUCGCACCGUUGGGCAAACCACUGCUGACGAUGGUCCUGUAUUAAAAAAGAGCAGGCGAGGACUGAAGGUCGGGUCAAGCGCUUUAUCAAAAACCAGGGAUGAGAAAGUGCAGGAGAUUAAGGAUCUGGUUGAGAACAUGGAUGAGGAUGGUAGAAAGAAACUACUCAGUGAUGUUGCGGAGAGAAUGCCUGGUGUUGUUCUGAAUUUAAUUGAACAGCAGUCAUCAGGGCCACCACCAGCAACCCAUCCUCAUGCAUCCACAACUGAUCCAGGCUGGUGUGUCUGUGGACACUGCCGAGAGAUGCCCACUGAUGCUGAGCGUCUAUGCUGCAGACAGGUCCCUCAAAGAUGCAUUUCAACUCUAGCUAUUAUGCAGCAUCUGGUAUUGGACCAUCAUGUGUUGGAACUUGCAAGAUUGCACCGAAAUGAUAUGCUAGGGCAGAACGACAACCCACCGGUUGAAAAUGAUGAGUACAACAGAAGAAUGAGACACUCUGCAUACAGACAAUUUGUGCUUUGGCAACAUGGCCGACUAGGAGCAGGUAACAGAGUUACCAUACCAAGCUGUUGUGUUUGGAAAAUUAGAGAUACUUUUCCGGAUAGAUUUGGACAAUAUACCGGAUUCAUUCCUAACAGGUAUAACUAAGCCCCUAUAACCCUUGGGUGUGCUUGUCUGUCAUUUAUUCACAUUUUUACAUGUGAUUAUAUUCACCGUAUUUUAUUUGAUGUAGCAUAUAGGUCAUUUCAUGAAGUUGGGACUCGGUAAAAUUUGGACUGUUCCAUUUCACUC